GGAGAUAUGUUUUCGUUUUUGAUUUACGUUCAUGGAUGCCAAUCGGACUGCUCCCACCGUCAUCGAGAACCAAUGGGAAGGCCAUGGGUCGGGAGGUAGGCGGGGCUUAGUGAACACUACGGCGGAAAAUGGCGCCCAGCUCGAAAUCAGAAAAGGACGGUAACAAACAAACGCAGAGAAAACACAAAGAACAUGUCGUCAAGCUUCUGAACCGUGGAAAGUUGUCUGGCCAGUAUUCUCAGCGCUUGUUCAGGAAACUACCACCGCGUGUCUGUGUUCCCCUGAAGAACAUAGUCAGCGAGGAGUUCCUCAGAGCAGGACACAUCUUCCUGGGGUUCACUAAGUGUGGUCGUUACGUGCUGUCCUACACCAGUGACUGUGGAGAGGACGAUGACUUCUCCUUCUACACCUAUCACCUCUACUGGUGGGAGUUCAACCUACACAGCAGACUCAAACAGGUGCACCAUGUGCGUCUGUUUACAGGUGAGGACAUCUACAGUGAUCUCUACCUGACAGUGUGUGAGUGGCCCAACGACCACUCCAAGAUCGUCAUCUUUGGCUUCAAUACUCGUAGCUCCAGCUCAGUGUUGAUGAAUCUGAUGAUGAGUGAUGAGAACAACAGAGAUAUCUACAUCACCAUCGCCUCCAUGCCUCCUCUCAGACCCUGCUCUCAAUGCUGCCCUCCAAAUACCUCUACCAUACGCACAGGUAGUGGAGAGUGUCUGGGACAUGGUUAUAUGUUGAACAGUCGGUACCAGGUGGUCUAUCCCUUCCCCACCUUCCAGCCUGCCUUCCAGCUGAAGAAAGACCAGGUGAUCUUCCUCAACACCUCCUAUUCCCUGGUGGCCUGCUCUGUGUCCCUCUGUCCAGCAGGUGAGCAGGGUCAUUCCUCUCAGAUCCUGUUCAGAAAGAGAGCCACAGCCCCCACCUUAGAACAUCAAACUCCUCCAUCGCCCUCUUCAUCCUCUUCCUCUCACGGGUCUCCCGACAGCCGCCUGCUAACCGCCAAACCAAGCCCCGCCCCUCUUUCACCUAGCCAAUCACAAGCUGCCGCCCGGGCGCGAGAGUUCGCCGCCGACCUCUUCAGACGUGCCCAGGGAGGAGGGAGAGAAAACGAGGGAGGGGAGAGGAGAGGGAAACCGGAGGGAAGCGAAGUAGGAGAGGAGGCCGUCGUGACUGAGAGAGAAGGGGUGAGCGUGGAGAGGGACAGUGAACAGAGGGAAGACGCACAGACGGAUCAACUGACUAGCGCACCACAGACUUCCACUUCAGCUGGGAACCAAAGCUUGUUGCAACCUUUGCAGGAGGACUCUAUUCAGUGUAGUGCGGUGACGUCUCCUGCCUCCUCCUCCUCUUCCACCCCCACUCCUCAUUCUUCUCAGGAAGCAGGCUGCAGCGAGCCGGGAUAUGUCAACUACACCCGCUUGCAGUACCGCAUGCCACAGCCGGGGGCGCCAGAGCAGGAUGCAGGAGGUUAUGAGGAUGAUAAGGUCCAGCUGCCCUUCACUGUGACUGACCUGAAGGGACGCAACCUACAGCUGGUCACUGGGCCCCACAACGGACAGAGUGUGUGUGUGGAGCAGUUGACUCUGGACUUUGAGUACCUGAUCAACGAGGUGAUCCGGAGCGACGCCCGCUGGGCUGCUCAGUUCUGUUCCUUCAACGACUACGACGUUGUUAUACUGGAG